AUGGUUUCUAGGGGUUCAAAUCAAGAGUUUGCCGAAAAGACAUUUAGCUUUCAUCAGCGGAUUUACGACUUGCACAAAACUUUCUUAUAUGACCCACUACUCAAGCGGCAAGAGGCCGAAGGGCCUUGGAUCACCAACUUUCCCGACAUUUUUCAGAGAUGGCUGAGUGAAGCCACUCCGAUUUAUCUGGAAUUCUGUGCUCUGUACCCCCGCCUGCACUCUGCAAUCAAGAUUGAGGCUACGAAAAGUUCCUACUUCCAAAGAUUUCUCAACCAGACACGGGAUCACAGAUUUGGCAACAGGCUGGGCUGGGAUACAUAUAUGAAGAGUCCUAUCGUCCGCAUUCAAAGGUACCCAAUGUUAUUUGCCCAUAGCCUUAGGUACAGCGAGCGGACCGAUGAGCGGCACGGAUAUCAAGCGAUAGAAAAAGUGAUUCUGGAUCUUCAGGAUCUCGUUCGAAAGUGUGGUGUUGAGAUUGAAAGGGCUGAGAAAGAAGUGCGAAUGGAGAGACUGCGCGAGCAGAUAAAUUCCACACUAAAAGAUGGGAUUAUCUCGCCGCAUGCAAAUAUCCUCUUCGACGAGGAUCUUUUGUACCAGAAACGUGGCUUUGGAAGAGUUACUCAAUUAAGAGUUGUUGUUCUGGGUCCUGGCGACUAUUCAAUGGUACUUAUCUUGAGUAAAAUCUCCAAGCUGACGCAAAUAAAUGACGAUACCGACUCGUACGAGUUGGUUGAACAGUUUGACGCUCGAAACCCUAUCACACUCUAUCUCACGUCCAGAGACUCGGAGGUUGUCAAAGAGCAGUUUACCCUGGUUUUCUCCCAGAAUGGCCACCAGCCUGAUUUGCCAAAGCUGAGUUGCACUAGCCUCACAAGCGUAAAAGAGCUUUUUAAGGCCGUGGGGGCCAUCGGUGGAGAAGUCAAAGAUAUAAACCGUGGGAAUAUUAUCCGCGAGAUUCUGAAUAAGAGUGCGUCUUCCGGGGUGUUGACGACUCCAAAGAGUGAUAAUACGACAAUUUUGCGUAAGAAGAAAGAAGUCUUCAGAUUUGACGAAUGA